AUGGAUCAACAGCCACCCUCCGAGCAGCCCCAACAACCUCCUGCGACCCUAACGAAUCCUCGCUUCACCCUAGAACUCGAAUUCGUCUCCUCCCUCGCGAAUCCGUACUACUUGUCGCAUCUUGCAGUCAACUAUCCUAACCUGCUGGGUAUAUCUAGAACCAGCGAGGAAAGCGAUCUCAACAACGAUACCGUCGAUCCUGAAGCGCAGGCAUUCGCAGCCUACCUUGCCUACCUCUACUCCUACUGGAAAACCCCGGAAUAUGCUCAAUUCCUGACUCAUCCGGGUGCAACCUUGCGUGCGCUACGACUUCUUCAGGAAGAUACCUUCCGUCGAGAUAUUAUCCGACCGGACGUGAUUGAGGGUUUGGCGGGCGUUGGCCUCGGCAUCAAUCAGGAUGGCGCGACCGCGGAGGCCGGGGACCAACAGGAGGGGGAUCAAGCCCAAGAAACUCAGGAAAAUCAAGGACAGGCAGGAGAAAAGACAGUGAAAACAUGA